AUGGCAAAAUUAAUUGACGGUAAAGCCAUUGCAAAGAAUAUUCAAGUUCAAAUUAAGCAAGAAAUUUGUGAAUUGAAACAAAAAUAUUCAAGUUUUAAACCCUAUCUUGCUAUCAUUCAAGUGGGCGAAAGAGAAGAUUCUAAAGUUUAUAUUCGUCAAAAAGAAAGAGCCGCCAAGGAAGCGGGAAUUGAAUUAACGCUAUAUAAGAAAGCCGAUUCGAUUACAGAAGAUGAGCUUCUAACAGCUAUUCGUGAAUUAAAUGAUAAUCCUACAAUUCAUGGAAUUUUAGUUCAAUUACCAUUGCCAUCACAUAUUAAUGAAAAAAUAAUUACUGAAUCCAUUAACCCCAAAAAAGAUGUUGACGGAUUUCAUGCAAUUAAUAUUGGAAAUUUAGCUAAAAGAAAUUGUAUACCUUUAUUUUUACCUUGCACACCCAAGGGGAUUCUUGAAUUAUUAAAAAGAUCUGGCAUUGAGAUUUGUGGCAGAAAGGCUGUUGUGGUUGGUCGUAGUGACAUCGUUGGAUUUCCUGUGUUUGCACUUUUAUCAAGUUGUGAUGCCACAGUCACAUUAUGUCAUUCAAAGACGAAAAAUCUUCCUGAAUUAGUUAAAACCGCAGAUAUACUUGUAGUCGCUAUUGGAAAAGCCGACUUUAUUAAAGGAGAUUGGAUAAAACCAGGCGCCGUUGUUAUCGAUGUCGGCACAAACGCGAUUGAAGGCAAGUAUAAAUUUUCAUCCAUGAAAUAUAUAUGGGAUGUAGAAUUUUCUAGUGCAUCAACCGUGGCAUCUUAUAUUACUCCAGUACCUGGUGGCGUAGGGCCAAUGACUGUAGCUAUGUUAUUGCAAAAUACUUUCGAAAGUACAAAAAGAUUUUGGCAAGAAAGUAGAGAAAAAAAAAUUUCUUUACUUUCUUUAAAACCUCUUUCGCCUGUUCCUAGUGAUAUUGAUGUCGCUUCUGCUCAAAUUCCUAAAUCUAUAAAAACUUUGGCUGAAGAAUUAGGAUUAGCCCCAAAUGAGUUCGAAUUGUAUGGACAAUAUAAAGCGAAAGUCAACCUUUCUGUACUUGAAAGAAUUACACCUACUCCACUUGGAGAAGGUAAAUCAACAACAACAAUAGGAAUAGCACAGGCAUUAGGUGCUCAUUUAGGAAAACUUACAUUCGCAUGUGUAAGACAACCAUCACAAGGUCCAACAUUUGGUAUUAAAGGCGGAGCUGCGGGUGGAGGUUACGCUCAAGUUAUACCUAUGGAUGAAUUUAAUCUACACUUGACUGGUGAUAUACAUGCUGUUGUUGCUGCAAAUAACUUAUUAGCUGCUGCGAUUGACGCACGGAUGUUUCAUGAAAAAACUCAGUCUGAUAAGGCUUUGCUUAAUAGAUUAUGUCCACCUAAAAAAGGAAUUCGUAGCUUUGCGCCAGUUAUGCUUAAAAGAUUACAAAAACUUGGUAUUGAUAAAACAAAUCCUGAUGAUUUAAUACCUAAAGAAAUAAAAAAGUUUGUUAGAUUAGAUAUUGAUCCAGAUACAAUCACAUGGCAACGAGUUAUUGACACGAACGAUAGAUUUUUACGUAAAAUUACAAUAGGACAAAAUCCAACAGAAAAAGGUCAAACAAGAGAAACGGGAUUUGAUAUAGCGGUAGCAUCCGAAUGUAUGGCAAUUUUAGCUUUAAGUACAUCAUUAGCAGACAUGAGAGAACGAUUAGGUAGAAUGGUAGUAGCCAGCAGUUUUGACCGGGGAGAAGGCAGUGAAUCUAUAACAGCAGAUGAUUUAGGUAUUGGGGGGGCAUUAACAGUAUUAAUGAAAGAUGCUAUAAAACCUAAUCUCAUGCAAACUCUUGAAGGAACCCCUGUAUUUGUACAUGCUGGUCCUUUCGCCAAUAUUGCGCAUGGUAAUAGUUCUAUAUUAGCAGAUAAAAUUGCUUUGAAAUUAGCCGGAACAGAAGAGGAUGAAGAGGAAAGCGGAUAUGUCGUUACUGAAUCUGGGUUUGGGGCUGAUAUUGGAAUGGAAAAAUUUUUUAAUAUCAAAUGUAGAGUAUCUGGAUUAACACCUGAUGCUGUUGUCCUUGUUGCCACCGUUAGAGCCCUUAAAAUGCAUGGAGGUGGUCCUGAGGUUACUCCUGGUAAACCUUUACCUGAAAUUUAUCUAAAAGAAAAUCUUGAAAUGUUAGAAAAAGGAUGUGAAAAUCUUGUCAAGCAUAUACAAAAUGCAAAAAAGUUUGGAUUACCGAUUAUAGUAGCGGUAAACCAAUUUAUAACUGAUAGUUCAGCUGAACUAGAAUUAAUACGUAAAAAAGCUAUAGAAGCUGGAGCUGAUGAUGCUGUACCUUCAUCGCAUUGGGAAUUCGGUGGUAAAGGUGCAUUGGAAUUAGCAAAAUCCAUAGUAAAGGUUACUAGCACAGCCAAGAUUGUGAAAGGAGAUUUUAAAUUUUUAUAUGAUUUAGAUAAAUCUAUUGAGGAAAAAAUUGAAAUUAUUGCCAAAGAAAUGUAUGGAGCUGAUGGAAUCGAAUUAAAUGAUGAAGCUAGAGAAAAAAUCCAGCGUUUUACAAAUCAAGGAUUUGCCAAAUUACCAAUAUGUAUGGCGAAAACACAUCUAUCGUUAUCUCACGACCCAACACUUAAAGGCGUACCAAAAGGGUUCAUAGUACCUGUACGUGAUAUAAGAGCAUCUGUUGGCGCAGGAUUUUUAUAUCCUUUGUUAGGUGAAAUGCAAACUAUGCCAGGAUUGCCUACA